AUGCGCCUCGGCUCUCUUCUUCCACUGCUUGCCCUGGGCUCUGGAGUUCGCGCUGCUGCUUUGUCCUCCUCCUCUUCUCCGGCAUCCAGUCAUCUAUUUUCACGAGACUUGGACUUGCUCAACACGCGGGACUUGGAACAGCUUUCUGUAGGUGAUGUCGAGCUCUUAACCAGAGCCCUGGUCGAAAGAGACCUUUUGGAAGACAUUUGGGAAAAGUUGAAAGACGCUACUACUUGUACCGGCGGAGAGCUGCUGCUUGGCGCGCUCAAAGUCCUCGCAUUUUUCGGUGACAGAGCUUUCAUCGAGGUGAUUCAAGGCAUUUGCAAGCUUGCAAAGGUCCAAUCUCACGAUGUAUGCGACGGGGCAGUUGCUCUCGAGGCCCCCAUCAUUGCAGCAGGCAUUCGCAAGAUGUCCAUUGGCUCGAGAUCCUCCAAGGCGUUUCUCACAUCCUUCAUGGGCGUCUGUGGAUAUCCCGAUGUGCAAUCGUGGGAUAUUGUCUUCCCUUCGGCCCAACCUUCUGGUGGCAGAUCCGAUCCAAGUGGCAAGGAUCCCAUCGAGAUCGUUCACUACUCCGACAUUCAUAUCGAUCCCUUGUAUGUGCCUGGGUCCAGCACGCAGUGUGACGGCCGACCCCUUUGCUGCAGACCUUACACCGAAGACGACCAGCCUGGCAAAACCAAGUUUCCGGCCGGACCCAAUGGUGACCACAUGUGUGAUGUGCCCUUUACUUUGGAGCGAAGUAUGUAUGAUGCUAUCAACUCGAUUGUGCCCGAUGCCGCCUUUACUAUUUUCACUGGCGACAUUGUCGACCACGCCGUCUGGAACACCACCCAGCCGUACAACACCAAUUCGAUCCAACAUGCCUACGGCGCUAUGAACUCGAGCCUGAAACUCGUCUACGGCACUGUCGGUAACCAUGAAGCCCAUCCUGUAAACUCCUUUGUCCCCAAUGCCAUCGGCCACGACAGCCAGUGGCUCUACAAUCUUCUCUCCUCCGACUGGGAACACUGGAUCGGCAAAAGCUCAACCGCCAUGGUCGAAAAGAUCGGCGCCUACUCGACCAAGUACCCCAAAGGUAAUCUCCGUAUCAUCUCCCUCAACACUAACCUCUACUACCGUUACAACUUUUGGAUGUACCAGUUGUACGAUGAGAAGGAUCCUGACGGUCAGAUCGCCUGGCUCAUCAACGAGCUCGACGCCGCCGAGAAAGCCAAUGAACGCGUCUACAUUAUAGGCCAUACGCCUCUCGGUGAGCAAGACGCCCUCCGUGACGGCUCCAACUACCUCGACCAGGUGUUCAGGCGGUACAAAAACACCAUUGCGGCCAGUUUUUUUGGCCACACGCACGUCGACCACUUUGAGGUGUCAUACGGCGACUACGAGGACCGCAUGGCCUCCAAUGCCUUCAUGACUUCGUACAUCGCACCCUCACUUGUGCCCACGUCUGGCAUGCCCUCGUUCCGCGUCUAUACCGUUGACCCGGACACUUUUGCCGUCCUCGACCACACCACCUACGUCGCCGACAUGACAGAUCCCUCCUUCCAGACGACCCCCGUCUGGACAAAGUUCUACUCGGCCAAAGAGGCCUACGGCCCGCUCGUCUCGCCCCCUCUUACCGACCCCAAGGCCGAGCUCACCCCCGCAUUCUGGCACGACGUCACCGUCGCCUUUGAAAAAGAGGACGCCCAGUUUGAUGCCUACAUUUCGCGCAAGUCCCGCGGCUGGCGGCCUGCCGACUGCAAGGGCGACUGCAAGACCAACGAGAUCUGCCAACUACGCGCCGGCCGCAGCCAGGACAACUGCUGGAAGCCCAAGCCCGGCAUUAAUCUCACAAAGCGGUCCGAGGUACAGCACGACAAGGGGGAACACGACGAGUGUGGUGUUCCAGUUACGCUCAAGAUCCUGUCGGCCGUGAGCGCCGAUGACGCCACGCUAAAGGAGUUCAAGGGGAUCAUGGGCAAGGUCGUUGCCGACGCCAGGACGAGGGGAGGGAAGAGCCCCGAUAGUGCGUAG